UGCGUUUCGGGUAACGAAAGGCGCACGAAUGUCUUGACACUAGGGAUCUGCGGAACGCUCGAACUCGGUUUCCAGCAAAAGUUCCCAAACACUACGCUCAAAGCAUUAUGUUCUGCAUCAUGGCAAGCGUUGCACGAAAGAAUUGGUGAGCAAGCAAUGACGUACUUGCUCAAAUCGACAAGCCUAUUUCUGUCUCUGCCGAAUCUUUCAUUUGUCCAGCUGGCCGGAAAGCCCCUGCAGCAUGUCAUAUCGGCAAAGAGAUUUUUAGCUGCCCAGUCCGACUAUGACCAGCGGCAACGGAAGAGGAAGCUCACAGUAGAGCUAUCCGCGGCCGAUGCGUUGCCUCCUGUCAAAAAGAGAAAAACAAAUGUACCAGAAAAAUCGGAUGUAAGAACAAGUAAACAAGGCUCGUGGACAAUGCGAAGGGAGGCAAAGGUUCGAUACACACGGCGUAGUGCGAUGGAUAUCCCCAUCCAGCGAUACAUAAUUUUCUAUUCGCAACCCACUCGAACCAGUGGGUUCGGUAUAAAAUUUGGUUUUCCAUCCAAACACGUGUUGAGUUCAUUCGACGAACAAAGGCAAAUGUUCAAACGCGACAGCCUCGAGACACCUCCGGCGCAAGCUGCGCGACCAAGGAAUCCAAUCAAAUCCGACGAUGAGCUCAAUUUGGAACGGCAUGGGCGGCACUUAUUGAUGCACAUCUUCCCGCGUCAAUACGGUCUGAGGAGUGUAUUCAGUGUCAACACUGUGCGAGACGCACCCACCUGGAGAAUGAAAGAAAUAAAUAUAAAAACUUGGUCAGGGAAAAGAGGCAAACGCGCUACUCCCCACCGUUUGAAAGUAGUGCUUCCUCUGGCCGUGGUUCUCUUGCGGCGGCACAGUCAAUGUUCGUACACACGCAUUCUGAGUAAAGUAUGCCCAUCAAAGACCAAACGCGACCAAUCACUUGAUCCCUGUAACGAUGCCACCGCUCAGGGAAGUGUACUCCAAAUUGUCUCCGAGGUGAUAUCGCAGCCGUUGUCCCUCAGUUCUCUGGACGUAUCACAUCCCAGUCUCAUCGUCCUCCACGGCCGGAAGCCAUUGAAGCUGAAGCCCAGAUUUCCGCAAUAUGCUUGCAACUAUUUUGAGGCUAGUGCAGAGUCGGCAGUUAGCUGACAUGUCCUUGAUAGUUGGGAUUGCUUAGGUACUGAGAUAUGUCGUCGAGGUUGUUCGGGCUGUGAUACCGAACACCUUUUGGGGUUGCAAGUUUAACUUCAAACUUGUAGUGACAUAUAUUUACCGGAUAAUCCGCUUGCGAAAGCACGAAAAAUUCA